GCUGGCGCGCGCGGACCUGCCGAGCCGCGACGUGCCCGUGCCGAAGGAGCUCGUGGAGCACCUCAUGACGCCCGAGCACCGGCAGCUGCUCUCCGAGGAGAGCGGCGCAGAUGUGGAGUGGGCACCGGAGGAAGCGCAGGUGCGGCUGCGGGGCUCCGCGGAGCAGACUAAGCGCGCCACGCGCUUGCUGCAGCGGGUGAUCAUGCAUUGCCAUUGGGGGCGCAGCGAGAUGAAG